AUGGUUGCUUUACAAACAACUGCUGAUGAUGUCGAAAAUAAUGAGAACCUACCCGGAAUGAUCUGUACUCCAGGAGAGAAAUCGUCUACCAAUGUGAUCCAUUCAGACCGCACAGAUACAAUCGUCCCGGCACAACUUACACUAAUGGAACAAAAUGCACUGCUACAGACAGUAAAGCAGAGCGGUAGGCUGAAAGCAGUAUUGAAAGGUAAAAAGCCACCAAAAAUUACACGCGUGAUAACUUACGCUACAUCAGAUGAUAUAACUAAUGCUGAUUGUUCUGCAAGAGAUGAUAAUUGUUCGGUUCCGGAAGAUCUCAAUGGAGAUUUAUUGCUGAAGUUGAUUAGGAAUGGUCCAAAACAGUUUACAUUCAAAUUUGAAGAAAUCAGAGAAAUUCUUCUUCAAGGUGCACGAGUCUUCCUCGAAGAACCAACACUGAUAGAGGUCCCAUUACCUUGUGUGGUAUAUGGUGAUAUACAUGGCCAAUAUAGUGAUUUACAUCGAUGGUUUAAUUUAAAUGGAUGGCCAAGUCAAGUACGUAGCCUAUUUUUAGGUGAUUUCGUUGAUCGUGGCUCACAUGGCAUCGAGGUCGUUGCAUUACUUACUGCACUUAAAGUUCGCUUCCCGAAGAAUAUUUUUUUAUGCCGUGGUAAUCAUGAAGAAGAGUCACUGAAUCGUGCAUAUUCGUUCUAUGAAGAAGUUUGCGCCAGGUUUUCUGGAAAUUUUGAAGGUAAAGAUGGUCGAGCAUUAUAUCCUUACUUUCGAUCCUUGUUCAGUAAUUUACCACUGGCGGCACUCAUUGGUGGUCGAAUUCUUGGGAUGCAUGGUGGCAUUAGCCCCAGACUUACUUCGCUACAAGCAAUCCGAGAAAUUCGACGGCCUUUGGAAGAAUUUGAAGUUGGAUCACUGGAAUGUGAUUUGGUGUGGUCGGAUCCUGAUACAUCUCCAGAUCGUACUGGUUUUCGGAGCAAUUUUGAACGCGAACCAUUAUAUGGCAUUGGACAACUAUUUGCGUCUGAUACAGUACAAAAUCUUUGCAAGAAGCUGGGUAUCGACAUGUUGAUUCGCGGACAUCAGGCACCACUUCAUGGAUAUGCAUUGUUUUCGAAUGGUUGCAUGCUGACUUUGUUUUCAGCUCCAGGAUAUAAGGGCUCCUCAAACAGUGACAUUAAUAUGGGUGCAUCCCUUGAAAUUUCAACCUCUAUGAACAUUUCCAUCAAACAGAUUCAAGUUACCGAGAAAUUUCGCCAGAAACGAAUCACAGAAACUGAACAGAGGAAAACAAAAACAAACGUCAACAAAGAACUACCUCAAUCAUCGGUGAAAAGUAAUGAACUGCAAUCAACAGCAUCACUUUUUCGAUAG